AUGGAAUCGACAAGAGAGCCCAAUCUUUAUCAAUGUAAUUUGUGUCACAAAACAAUAGUCUACAACGAGAGUUUUGAAAACUAUAAUCCAAGAAUAUUGGACAGACACUUAAAGUUUUCAUGUACAAAAGCUCCACCGGUUCUUAAUGGAGAUAUCAGCAGCCAAUCUGCAUUGAUGCACUUGGCCAAAGAAAGACAAAAAAGCUUCAAGAAUCUUUCUUACCUUAAUUAUAUUCCUUCAGAAUUUGACCUUGCCGUAUCUUUUACAUCUAAAUUGAAUUUACCUCUUACAUGGAUUGAGAACGAAGAUAUUACUGGCAUUUUCAAAUAUGUACUUAAUUCUUUGGACAAUAAACAAACAUAUUGCGAGAACUAUCAAAAGAAAUUCAAUAAAAAAAGCUUAGUUAAUGCGAUAAUUAAUAAGACUGAGGACAUCCGGUAUUUUUGGCAAGCUGAGUUUGCAACGUCUAAUUUUAUUUUGAUGCAGCAAACUUUUGCCAAGAAAGAAAAUCUUCUUUCUACUAUAAUAGAAAGAAUCCAAAAACUAGAUUCAGUCGUAUUUCCAUUUUUGAUACUGGAUAAUUGGUCAAACCACAAGAUGAAUAAUUACCUAGGAAUGAUGAUAACCAUUUAUAAUAAAGCUACGCAAAAACUUUGCCCUUUUUUACUAAAAAUACCUAGGUGCGAAUCUCAUACAGCUUCUACUACGUACAAUCAAAUUCAAGAGCUUUUGGAUGACUUCCCAGGUUUAAGUAAUUUACUAGUUGGUAUGACCUCUGAUAAUGCAUCCAAUAUGUUAAGACUGUCUAAAGACCUGGAGUUAGGUGAACUGUUUGGAAAUGUGUACUUAAGUCACGUUCCUUGUCUUUCGCAUAGUACAAAUCUUAUGAAUUCGUGUCUAAUACAACCAAGCAGCAUUGAGGAAAAUAAUGAAAAUUCCGAGGAAAACGAACCUGGAGACGAAGAGGAGCCAGAAGAUCACAUGAUUCUAAUUAAUUCUUUUGACCUAAAAAAUUACAUUGAUUCGAAACUGCUAGAAAAAUUUGACCACGAAUGCAUGUUAAAUCCUGAUGGUACCCAAGGUAUUACAUAUGAAGAUGAUGUUUUUUUUGAAUAUUUACGAGGACAAGAACUAGAUAAAGAAAUUAUCAGCUUACUCACUGGGCAUCAGCUUCUACAAAAAAAUAAUCAAUUAGCUGCUGAAAUUAAAAUGAGCAUGCACAAGAGGAAAAUUUAUGAUGCCAAUUGUGCCCGUAUGGGAAGGAGUAGAAGAGGCGAAGGGCUCAGGUUAAAAUCAUUUUGUCGAACCAGAUGGAUGUCUGCUGUUGAAACGUUUAAACGACUCCUCUUCUUAAAACCUGUUAUACUUUCCAUAAGUACUUCGUCUGAAUUUGAAACGAAAUUUACACAUGAAGAAUUUAACAUCGUUAAAGAUAUCUUAUCCCUCUUAGAGCCCUUCGCAACUCUUUGCGAAACACUUUCCAGUGACAGAUGUACUGUUAAGUAUGCCCUCCCUCUUCUUGUCCGAUGCAAGUGCACUAUGAAGACUAACAGCGUGGAUUAUUUAUCAAACGAUGAUAAUAAUUUUUCCCACUUGGCACACAUGACUCAAUUCAUGCAGAAAAUGGAUAAGUACGUUGCUAAGUACAAAAAUAAUGAUAUUUGUUUAAUAUCCUCGUUUUUAACAAUUAGUUUUGACGAUCACCCAAUAUGGACACAAAUUUUUCCUGGUAAAGGGCAAGAUGGUUCUAAAGGAGAGUUCAUUCGGUCGAAGAUUGCUAAGAUGAUUACCAAGAUGCUGCUUCCUUUACUGAAUAUUUCAUUCUACAAUUCAGAAGAUGAAGAUACUUGUUCGGAAGGGGAGGCUGAUAGUAGCUUUAUCGAUUCAUUUGUUCAUAAUUCGAGCAAGGAUUCUAAAAAUUCUUUUGAUGACACUACAGAGAAUAUAGCCAACAACAAUUUUGAUUUUUGCUCAAUUGAAAACGAUUUAUGCGAUUUAGUUUUAUCAGAGCUUAAAGAUUUCAGAUUAGAGGCUCAAAAACAAGUUUCGUUAUGCUUUGCACAAAACAAGCUGAAAAUGGAUCCAAGCCUAUGCGGGAGAAGUUUCAAUAAUAUUUGCAAAACAUUAUUCGAUGCAGACCUUUAUUUUUGGUCCCAGUUUGGAGAUAAAUUCCCAAUUCUCUCUUUGGUUAAUAAUGUGCUCAAGAAUAUACCUGCUUCCUCUAUUCAUAUUGAAAGAUUUUUCAGUAUGGCAAGUAGGAUUGCAGAUAAAAGAAAAACUGACCUAUCAGAUAAAAUGUUUUCCAGUUUAUGCAUCUUGAAAUCAUUUGGCUUGAAAGUUGAUUUUACAAAAGUGAACAUACACAAGUCCAGUGUUUUCCAGGCAAUGGAAUACUCAGAAGAUCUCAAACAAAGCAAUAUGUAA